UUUCAAGAAUCCAUCGACCGGUUUGCAACGACUAGUUACGUAAUAGCACGCUUCAUAAAUAACGUGUUUACAAGUCUUAAGCACUGUCCAUUGCCCCGGCACAGCGAUGCGUGCGAGAGUUAUGCGAACUUACCGACAAUUAAAAUGUGUUUGCCGUGUAAUAAUACACCGCGUUGGUAACAUUCUUAACUACGCUAAAGAGGUAAUGGUGGUGUUCAUCUCGCUCGUAGAUCAUGCUUUUCGAUACCUUGCAUCACAAAACUUUAGUCCAUCAUACCCACCGACCACUGUGUACUGUAUUCGAUCAUAUAACCGUUCGUUACCAUAAUGAUAUGAGGCAUACUCGGGAGAUAUAUGAACCAUGGCAUAUUAUACGUCUGGACAGGUGGCAGUAAGUUACGACGCUGGGAGGGUACGAUCAGCGCCGCUGCAGCACGACGCCAGGGCUGCUUACGUCACGUUUACGAGCCACCACAAUCUUAACGAGGUAUUGAAUUCACGUUGCUACACAACAAUUUAAAAUGGCGUCGGCAUCCACAUGAGUCUUAUUAUGUAGUUUAGGUGUCAUUUAUAAAAGAACCUGAGAAGCGAUACAAGCCGUAAAAUUCUACUCUGUUGCGCCAUAUUAUUGAUUUUUCGCUCUUUCGCUAAAUAUUCCAUUCGUGAAAUGAGUAUUGACGGGGCUGAGUUGCGACGCGGCGGCUCAUAAACCAGUCGUAUUUGAGAUUCCGACUUGUGGCACUGCUUCACCUCACUCAAUUUCCAUACACUGACGCCACGGAGGCAGAUAAUUCCCCUCAGGCAAAAUGGAGGGCCCAGUGGACGUGGAAGAAGUGAGCCUCCAAAAACGGCACCGCUCUCGCAACUUCACCAAGUACGAGAAGGAAGUCUUCUAUACCGUGUUCAGUCAGUACGCCAGCAUCAUCAACGAUAAGGCGACUUCGACAGACAGCAUCAGGGACGCGUGGGAUCGCCUGGUGGUGGAGUAUAAUAGCCAGCACAACGUGUAUCCCCGCACUAGGAGACAGUUACAGGUCCUGUGGCGAGACGAAAAAUUCAGAGCAAAGAAGAAAGUGCGGAAGGAACAGGAGUCUGGAGGUCAGGGAUGCGCGGAACAACUUUCGCCCGCAAGCAUAGCGUCGUUGGCUGUAGCAAGUCGAAGUAUGAACGACGAAGGGCGCCCUCCCCCCGGAAAUCUCCUCACGCCCCUGCUAACAGUCAUCAAGCGCGAGCGAGAGGCGUACGCGGCGGGGGAGACCACCAUCCUGCCCCUGGCGCAGUACCACCCGGAAGACGACCAAGUCAGCACGGAAUCCCGAACGAAUCAUGAGCGAGUGAACGAGGAACCUUGCGGAAACAGAGCCUUCGUAGCUUCGCACUCCCCCAACUCCUACGCGACUAACGAAGUCGAAGAUGACCCGAUGAGCCCCCUGCCGGUAGAGACGCAACUGCACUCUGUCAGCAACUCUCCCGCGGACACCCCGACGCACGAGGAUGGCCGCUCCUGCUCGCCAGAGGACACCGCCUACUGGGAACCCGACGACAGGAGGAGAGCCAGGAUUAGAGAUGCUUCCCUGCUGGAGUCCGAUUACUCGCCCGAACCAUUUGCGUCGGAGAAGCGAGCGAGAGAAUAUCAUAGGCUGCGGAUGGCCCAGCUGCGGGACGAGGGUGCGGCCCGGCUGCGGGUGCUGGAGGCGGAGCUGGCGCUGCACAGCCAGGAGCGACACAUGCGCCAGCAGGAGCACCAAAUCAGAAUGGAAAUUCUGAUGGAGAAGCUAAAGAGAAUAAGGGAAGGUGCCCAUGUGAAGGAUUAGAUCCGUAGGCGUAGAGUAGUUAAAUCAGCGGUACACACAAAUAAAACUGAUUUAAAACUG